CCGGAACCUAACCCCACAUAUUCAUCAUUGUUGUCAUUUUCCCUUCUCUAAGCUGAAAGAGAUUCUUGAUCUAACGCCCCUCUCUAUUUCCUUGCAUUGCACCCAAAGAAAUUGAGGAAUUCACAAUUAGAUCUCAAAAAAUGGGUGUCUACUCUGACAAAAGAAUGGAUCUAAAAAUUGCUUUUAUUGGGUGUUUGAUGGUGGUCCUGGCUAUGGCUGUUAUUGCGAGUACGGAGGACAUAUCAUCUACUCCGACGUUGAGAGUGAAGAAGGUGAAGGGGAAGAAAAUGUGCGACAAAGGAUGGGAGUGUAAAGGGUUGUCGAUUUACUGCUGUAAUUUGACGAUUACAGAUUACUUUCAGACCUAUCAGUUUGAGAAUCUUUUCACUAAGAGGAAUACGCCAGUGGCUCAUGCCGUUGGAUUCUGGGAUUAUCACUCAUUCAUUACUGCUGCUGCGCUCUAUGAGCCGCUUGGAUUUGGGACUACUGGUGGGAAGCUGAUGCAGAUGAAGGAGGUGGCUGCUUUCCUUGGCCAUGUCGGCAGCAAAACUACCUGCGGUUAUGGGGUGGCUACUGGUGGACCACUGGCUUGGGGUCUAUGCUACAACAAGGAAAUGAGUCCAAGCCAAUCUUAUUGUGACGACUUCUUUAAAUACACCUACCCAUGCGCUCCUGGAGCCGAAUACUAUGGCCGUGGUGCUUUGCCAAUUUACUGGAACUACAAUUAUGGAUCUACAGGAGAAGCCCUCAAGGUCGAUUUGUUGAACCAUCCUGAAUACAUUGAACAAAAUGCCACCCUCGCUUUCCAGGCCGCAAUUUGGAGAUGGAUGACACCAAUAAAGAAAGGACAACCUUCGUCUCAUGAUGCCUUUGUUGGCAACUGGAAACCCACCAAAAACGAUACCUUGGCUAAACGGUUUCCGGGUUUUGGCACCACAAUGAACAUUUUGUAUGGUGACAGUGUUUGUGGUCAAGGUGAUGUCGACUCCAUGAACAACAUUGUAUCCCAUUACCAGUAUUACCUCGACUUGAUGGGUGUCGGCCGAGAGGAGGCAGGACCCCAUGAAGUUCUCACCUGUGCUGAACAACUUCCUUUUAACCCGUCUGCUCCAAAAUCAGCAUCAACUUCUUGAAGUGUUACUGGGUAUUAUGCAGUGUUAUGGCAUUUCUUUAUAGAAAUCAUGUAAUAAAGGAGCAAUAUUUGCCAUGAGAUUAUGUUUCCCCAGUGAUUGUGCGAGUAUCAGUUAGAUUAUGUUUCCCCUGUGAUUGUCUUAAUUUGUUGUCUGUUGCAUAGGUUUUUUAAAUCCAAUCUCUUCAAUAGUUUGUGCAUUAUGUAAGUACGUGAUUUGCGAUAUUGUAAUGUCCGGUUCAAGUUCUAUACCUCUAAAGACAUGGAACUUCCAGUUAUAUGGGCUUAAUAUAUUCCAUUUAUACAUUUAUAAAAUAAUUUCUUGACCUUCA